UUCUAUAAACCGGUGACAUUCGGGAGUUGGCCUUUCUGGUGGAGGGACAACUCACAUCCCCACAACACCUUUAUCUAUCAAAGUUCUCUCCCAUUUCCAUUCUUCUCAGUGCAUAAUCUUCCAAAUUAAGGCUCUCUGCAACUUCGAACUCCAUCAAUGGAGACCACCCCAGAUGAGACGAGAAUUCCGAUGCUGAACGGGGUUGAUGUCAUUGAACCCGAAACGAAGUCCAAAAUUCAAGUACGGGGGCUGACCAGGGUAUCGGACACAGGAGUUCCGAUACUCAACGGGGUGAGCGUUGACAUUCCAAAGGGUGUGAUCGUAGGGAUCAUUGGACCGAGCGGGAGCGGCAAGUCCACGCUCCUGAGAGCUCUGAAUCGCUUGUGGGAGCCACCGGCCGGAACUGUGUUGCUGGACGGCCGAGACAUCUGCGAUCUUGAUGUACUGACCCUUCGCCGUAAGGUUGGGAUGCUUUUCCAGCUUCCCGUUCUAUUCGAUGGCACGGUUGCGGACAACAUUCGGUACGGGCCACAGUUGAGAGGUAAGAAGCUCAGUGACACAGAGGUAUCCAAGCUGCUCAACCUUGCCGAUCUUGAUUCCUCCUUUGCCACAAAAGCUGGUGGCGAGUUAUCAGUGGGCCAAGCUCAGCGAGUGGCACUUGCAAGGACCCUUGCCAAUGACCCAAAGAAUGCUCCUCACACUCACCCCAGCAUGUAUCGGUUGUACAUCAAGUAGUUUUUAGUCAUGAAAAAUAUUGUCAGUAUACAGUGAGAUGUGAUAUUGUGAGAUCUGUAUGAGGAGCAGGUCCGAAUUCACUGCUGAUUAGGGGGUGAUGCUAAUUAGGUAUUUCAAAAGUCAUGUAAAUGACUUCUGGAUCUUCUGCACUAUUUUGCACUGCACUGCAGUUGUGCACUUGGAUUGAGUAUGUGACAGGUGCCCUAAUUGUCUCACACAUAUGGGUAUAUGGGAUAUGCUGAUUAAUUACACUGCACUGAAUGGAAGUACGUAUACGUAGCACAGUCACCAAAACAAAAACAAAUAAGUAGCAAAGUGAAAAGAAAUGAUGCUGAUUAGGUGUUUGAUAGAGGAAUAUGCUGAUUAGGCAUUUCAAGCCAAUAUGCCAUUUCAUAUGUCAAGUCAUAUCUGAUGAUGCUUACUUUGUCUUC